AUGGCAUCUGCUGAUAUGAGAAAGGAGCUUACCUGCCCCAUCUGUGUGAGCAUUUAUACAGAUCCUGUAACUCUGACCUGUGGCCAUAACUUCUGCCUGAGCUGUAUUAACAGAACAUGGGACAACCAGGAUGAGGGGGAAUAUUCAUGUCCUGAAUGUCAGCUCAGGUUUAGCAAGAGACCUGAACUGAAAAGGAACCUGAGGAUGCAUAAUAUUUCAAAGACUUUCCAACUAACUGGGCCUGUAAAUGACACUGGGAUCUUCUGCACUUACUGUAUUCACUCUCCUGUACCUGCUACUAAAUCCUGUCUAAUGCGUGAUGCUUCUCUGUGUGAUGCCCACCUGAGUGUACACAGCAAGUCUGGGGAACACGUCUUAACUGAACCCACCACUUCCUGGGGUAUUACAAAAUGCGCCAAACACAAAAAGCUGCUGAAAUAUUACUGUACUGAGGAUGCUGCCUGUAUCUGUGAGUCCUGCAAACUGUCUGGAGAGCACAGGGGACACGAUGUGGAGCUGCUGAACGAGGCUUCUGAGAAGAAGAAAGAGAAACUGAAAGCUGUUCUGCAGAAACUAACCACAAAGAUAGAGAAGACUGAGAAUAGAGUCCAGAGUCUGCAGGAGCACAGGAGAAGGGUGCAAGAGAAAGCAGCUGGUGGAACAGAGCGACUCACUACCCAGAUUAGGGACAUCAUGGAACAGCUAAAAGACCUAGAGAAGCGAGUCCUGAGUGAGAUCACCCGGCAGCAGGACCAGGCUUUAACCACAAUCUCUAAAGUGAUCCAGCAGCUGGAAAAAGAGAAGGACAAGCUGACCAGGAAGAUGUGUCACAUUGAGGAUCUAGAUGACUUUUGUGGUGCUGAGAAGGGAGAUAAUGAGGUCACACAGAGAGGUGAUAAACAGGUCCCUGCUGGGGGGGAUUUAGAUGAGGUCCUGAUCUCAGUGACGUUAUACAGAGGUUUAGCUGAUAUUGUGACUGAUGUAAAGAGAGGGAUGUAUAUGCACGUGCCAUCAGACAUAUUACUGGAUAUAAAAACUGCUCAUAAUAAUAUUAUUUUAUCAGGUGACCUUAAAACUGCAUCCUAUACAGAUAUAAACCAGCCGCGACUAGAAAAAGCAAAGAGAUUUACAGUUUAUCCUCAGGUAUUAAGCACCAAGAGUUUUUCCUCAGGACGACAUUACUGGGAAGUGCAGAUUAGUGAGUCAGGGGACUUGUAUAUAGGAGUUUGUUACACAAGUAUGGAGAGGGAAGGAUAUCAGUCUCUGAUAGGAAAUAAUAACAAGUCCUGGGGUUUGCGUAGUUUUAAUAAUAAUAAAGAUCUUUCAGUGAGAUAUAAUACAAAAGUCACCUCAUUAAGUCCCCCUCUAUCAUGUGACAGAGUAGGAAUACUGCUGGACUAUGAGGCUGGGCGUCUGACCUUUUAUGAGCUGUGUGACCCCAUCAGACACUUACACACCUUCACUACCACCUUCAGUGAGCUUCUUUAUCCUGCAUUCAGUGCAUGGAGUGAUUGUGCCUGGGUGAGAAUCCUGCGCUAG